AUGGAAAACUACAAUGACGAAGACGGGGAGUCCUCUCUGAGCCCGUCCGGCCCGGAGAGAAGAAAGAAUUACCGUGUCAAGAACCGCGCUGCCGCCAAACGUUGUCGGGAAAAGACGAAACAGUACGAGUUGGACCUCGCAGCCAAGGAGCAGGAAGUCACCCAGGAACGGAUUUAUCUUGACGCAUACGUGACGGCGCUGAGAAACGAGGUUCUGAGCCUGAAGGAUCAGAUUCUCCAGCACGGCGACUGCGACUGCGAUGUCAUUCAGGGGUAUAUCGCGACAGCCGCCGGCGGGCCUGAAAAGCGACCCGUGUGA